AUGCUGGGGCUUCUUUGUAACUACAUCUUUGACAUUGCCAACCAAACGUCGUCUCCAGACGAAGACUACAUAAACAAGCCAGAUCGUCCUAUUCCUGCUGGUUUAAUGACCAUGGAACAAGCCAAGACCCGCUGGGUGUUAACGUGGGUAUUGGGGCCUGUCACUCUGUAUCGUCUGUUUGGCGUCUGGCCAACGAUGCAUCUUUUGCAUUGGGAACUCUUGAUAACAGCAUGCUAUGUAUGGCCCAAGUGGUUUGGCUGGUUCAUGCGCAGCUACUUUGGUUCCUUCUCAUACUGCAUCCUGGGGCGGCUCUUGAACUCGGUUCUGGCGAGGGAUGUGGAAGCUUGGAACAUCAGCUUUACCAUUGACUGCAUCAUCUUCGUCUGGUUCAUGGGAACAAUGCAUAUCCAAGAGUUUCACGACAUCGAGGGCGACCGAAAAAGUGAAAGAAAAACUCUUCCCAUGAUGCUUUCCGACCGAGGCAUAAAAGUUCUUCGAGCAGGCACUUCCCUCUUUGUUCUCGCCUUUGGCACAUGCCUUUGCUCUAUUGGAUAUGUAGUAAUGGACAAGGAUAUCAGGAUUUUGCCACUGUGCAUUCUGCAACAAUUAUUAUCUAGUGUUCUCGCUUAUAGGAUCUACGCAUCUGACGGGCCCGCAAUGGAUAAAAAGACUUAUCGCGUUUAUUAUUACGGCGCGGUAUUGGCGAUUUUGUUAUGUUUGUGUCUAAUAGAGAAAUAG